AUGACAGUUACUUAUCCAGAAGUUGCAGCAUUUGAUUUAGAUUACACCGUAUGGCCUUGUUAUUGUGACACUCACUUAUUUCCACCUUUUAAACCUAUUAAGAGUGCAAAUGGAGAAGUGUUAACCGUUGAAGAUACACGUGGUUUCAGAUUAACACUCUACAAAGAUAUAUCCAGAAUUAUUUUAGACUUAAAGGAAAACGGUGUGACAAUUGUUUCAGCAUCAAGAACUUGGGCUCCUGAGAUUGCUCAAGAGUUAAUGGGUGUUUUCAAAAUUAAAUAUAAUGGCAGAUUAAUAACUUUAGGUGAAUUAUUCGAUGCAAGUGAAUGGGGUGAAAGAAGUAAAGUUGGCCAUUUAAGAGAUGCAAUGAAAAGUUUAUAUGGGGAUGAUGACUUAAGAAAAUAUAAAAUGUGUUUAUUUGAUGAUGAGAAUAGAAAUAAAGAUGUAGAAAGAUAUGGUGUCAAAUUUAUUGAAGUGAAAGAUUCUGAAAAUGGACCUUCUUGGAAAUUAUAUCAACAAUAUCUUUCCUCAUGA